AUGAAAAUAAUAUUAUUUAUAUUUUUAAUAAUAAUAAUAAAUAUAUAUAAUAAUAUAUUGGUAAGAGGUGAAAUUGACUUUAAAGUACCAUGUGGUGAUGGUUACUGUGGAUAUGACCAAGUAUGCUAUAAAUAUAAUCCACAAGAAGAUGUUUCCGUAUGUCUAUUGGCCGAUCAAUUUAAUCUAUUAGAAUUAGUCCAAACAUUUGAAAAAACAUGGAUCGAUCAUUAUGGCGACGAAUACUCUUUAUUUAGAGUUAAAAUACAGAACCACAGCAAUAAACCAAUUACCCAUCUUUAUUUGGCUACCGAUUUUACAUUUGACCUUAAAGAAAAAUCAAGUUAUUGGAAUAUUCAUCUCGACACCUGGAAUAACUUUUUGACACUUCCAAACUAUGUUAAUUCAAUUCAACCAUUUUCCUAUCACUUAUUUGGCUAUAUUGUCAAAGGCAAAACCUCUCCAAAUAUGAUCAUUAGAUCAAUAACCUAUUCUGACCCGGAAAUAUUUGCCAACCAACAAUAUUGA